AGAGGCCAGUGCAUCAACUCAAAAUGCACCGAAUUACGCUCCUCAUAGCUGCCGUGGCAGCAUUUGUCACAUCUAGCUUUGCAUUGAACUUCCCUAAUGUCCUUCCCAUGUUGAGGAGAGAAUCAAUAGAGCCUGGCAGUCCACUGUAUGAAUGUCAUGCUGAUUGCGGUGGCGUCAUCCUCAUCUCCCAAGAUAGCGACGACUACUGCUCCAACUCGACGUACAAAUCCGAGCUGAGCGACUGCCUCAAGUGUGCCUUGACAUACAACAUCUGGCAAUACUAUGGCGACGAUGUGGCGUCUGCAGCCGAGGCGUGUGGUGAUAGUGCCACGCCUGGCGCUUCUUCUGCUACCGGUGCUGCGGCCACUGCCACUGGCGCUUCUAACUAUUCAGCGACAAACAUCGGCACUCGGGCUACAAUCACCUCCACCGCUACCACUAGUAGCUCGUCCUCGUCCGCGACAUCUACUUCAGGCAGCACAUCUACGUUUAGCUUCAGUGCGGUCGUACUUGUUAUCGCAGCCGUGGCUGGUAUGGGGUCGCUGGCGUGAUAAGUCUGUGUCUGAUAGAUAUACUGGCCGGUUGAACUGUGCAAGGCCUGGUUGCUGGGGAAUCAAAGACUCCCAUUGAGACACAUGCCAUAGUAAUGUACUUCUACCU